UUGAAGUAGGGGUCCCCCUUAAUCGUCUCUCCUUAAGUGGCUCUUACAUCCGGGUUUUUUCCCCUGGGCCGGCCUUUAAGCGCAUGGGCCAAUGGGAAUCGCCGCUUAGUGUUCCGCCCACCGGGUCGCGCAGAGCAUCCUGGGAGUGGUAGUCAACAUCUCGCGAGUUUCCGCACCACGCGGGGAGGUGAGGAGGUUCCCUGCGCUCGCCUUUUACUCCAAGGUGUGCUUUCCUCUUUCCUCUUUCCUCUCCCGCCUUUCCCCUGGAAGGAACGUCGGUGAACAACCCGUGAAGCCCGUGUUGGGACAAAAAAAGAGUUGGAAAAACCCGGGACCGAAGUUAGCAUUUUCCUUCUUUCAGACCUACCUCAGCAUCUUACUCCAUGGCGGUUCCCGAAACCCGCCCCAACCACACGAUUUAUAUCAACAACCUCAACGAGAAGAUCAAGAAGGAUGAGCUGAAGAAGUCCUUGUACGCCAUCUUCUCUCAGUUUGGCCAGAUCCUGGACAUCCUGGUAUCACGGAGCCUGAAGAUGAGAGGCCAGGCUUUUGUCAUCUUCAAGGAGGUCAGCAGUGCCACCAAUGCUCUGCGCUCCAUGCAGGGUUUCCCUUUCUACGACAAGCCCAUGCGCAUCCAGUAUGCUAAGACCGACUCAGAUAUCAUUGCCAAGAUGAAGGGCACCUUUGUGGAGCGGGACCGCAAGCGGGAGAAGAGGAAGCCGAAGAGCCAGGAGACCCCAGCUGCUAAGAAGGCCGUGCAGGGUGGUGCAGCCGCCCCGGUGGUGGGAGCUGUCCAAGGGCCUGUCCCGGGCAUGCCGCCGAUGACUCAGGCACCCCGCAUCAUGCACCACAUGCCAGGACAGCCGCCCUACAUGCCGCCCCCAGGCAUGAUCCCACCGCCUGGCCUCGCACCUGGUCAAAUACCACCAGGGGCCAUGCCCCCACAGCAGCUUAUGCCAGGGCAGAUGCCACCUGCCCAGCCUCUUUCAGAAAAUCCGCCAAAUCACAUCUUGUUCCUCACCAACCUGCCCGAGGAGACUAACGAGCUCAUGCUGUCCAUGCUUUUCAACCAGUUCCCUGGCUUCAAGGAGGUCCGGCUGGUACCCGGGCGCCACGACAUCGCUUUCGUGGAGUUUGACAAUGAGGUGCAGGCAGGGGCUGCCCGAGAUGCCCUGCAGGGCUUCAAGAUCACCCAGAACAACGCCAUGAAGAUCUCCUUUGCCAAGAAGUAGCAACUUUACCCCGUGCCUGCCCCAUCCCUUAUUCCCGGCCCCUAUUUUGGGGCCUCCCCUUCCCCACCUUGGCUCAGCCCCUGAAGGUAAGUCCCCCUUGGGGGGCCUUCUGGAACUGCGUGUGUGAGUGAGUGGUCACACAGCAUUGUACCCAGAGUCUGUCCCCAGACAUUGCACCUGGCGCUGUUAGGCCGAAAUUAAAGUGGUUUUUUGAGGUUUGGUUUUUCACAA